CAUCCAGCUUCCAGGCAGCUCUGAGGUCAGCCAUGAUGAUCGGCCUCCAGCUUCACUCUGCGGCUCCACUUUACCUCGUUAGUCGACGGAUCCACAAACUGGCUUCGCUGCGGAACGCCACAUCGCUGCCUCCCAAAAAGAUGCAGAGCUUACUGUACCCCUUCAGAGGCCUAGAGGAGCACCUGGACCGGUCGGUGGACAGGAUGCAGUUCCAGCUGUUUCAUCCCUCGGUGGAGGACAUGAUGGAGGCAGAGAAGCUCUUCUGUUCUUCGCCGACUCACAGGAUCGAUUACUACACCUCUGCUGAGAGGCUGGAUCACGCUCCUGCUCUGAAGCAGCCAGAGGUGUGUUUCAUCGGCAGGAGCAACGUGGGAAAGUCGUCUCUCAUCAAAGCUCUGUUUUCCCUCACGCCGGAGGUAGAAGUUCGAGUCUCUAAAACUCCAGGUCACACCAAGAAGAUGAACUUCUUCCGAGUUGGCAAAGCUUUCACCCUGGUGGACAUGCCGGGUUACGGCCACAGAGCUCCCAGAGACUUUGUGGAGAUGGUGGAGCCUUAUCUUUACUCCAGGAAAAACCUGGUGAGGACGUUCCUCCUGGUGGACGGGAGCGUCGGUCUUCAGAAGGCAGACCUGGUUGCCCUGGAGAUGUGUGAGGAGACCAGAUGUCCAUAUGUGAUCGUGGUGACGAAGAUCGACAAGUGUGGACGGGGAGCUCUGCUGACGAACCUGCUGAAUCUACAGGAGGUGGUUAACAGCCAGACCACCGGCUGCUUCCCUCAGCCCUUUCUCAUCAGCUCUAUUCAUUACUGGGGAAUCCACCUACUGAGAUGCUUCGUUGCACAUGUGACGGGGAGCGUCAGGCUGAAGGACACCUCACAAGGUGGAAAAGAUGCCAAUCAGUGUCACUGAGGAAGAUUCAGGACCUAAGAGAAGCUUCUACUGUUGGAUAACUGUACAGAAAUCCUAAAUUAUGAGGCCACAUGUUGGCAGCUGCUCUGGUUUUGUUUUUGUUUCUUU